AUGCCAGGAAAUGAUAAUAUGAUACCCAUUCCAAAUAACACAGAUGUUGUGUGUUACUAUGUAACAAAACACUCUUGGAGGGGCAAAUAUAAAAGAAUAUUUGGUGUUGGUACUCAUGGUAUCACAACAUACAACCCAAAUAGUUUAGAAGUAACUAAUCGGUAUUCAUAUAAUCAAAUAAUAAAUAUACAAGUAGAUCCUCAAAAUGCAGGUGGUUUUAUGUUAUCAGUUAAAGAUAAAAAUAAGGUUGACAGAUUUAAAUUUUCAACCGAUUUUCGUUCAAAUUUAUUAACUGAUGCUCUCAUGUUCAGAUACCAAUUUGCUGAACGUGGUCAAGAAGAAAUAUAUAAUUAUGAAGCUCUAAAAUAUCAUUGGUCAGAUACUCGACUCCCAGUAACCAUAAAAGUCACUCUUAUUUCAAUUGAUCAAUUAGACACUGCCACUGCUCAAGUUCUUGCUAGCUAUCGUUACAAAGAUAUAGAAGCCAUACAAAAUGUUGAAGAUAUUCCUGGUGGUUUUGUUAUUAUAUCAAGGCCUUAUGGAAGAAUGCAUUUAUUUAUCAGUUCAAAUCGAGAUGAAAUUUUCCUUAGAGUCAAAGAAAGAGCUAUGAUAUAUUUACAAAUACCUAUAGAAUUUUUUCGACAUAAUAUAACACAUGACGAUUUCUUAACUAAAAGAUUAGGACGUUAUAGUUCAGAUGAACAUGUUACUUCUGUUUGUGAGUUUCAAGUUAAAAAAAUUGGUGUUCCUAGACAUCAAGAAUGCCCACAGCGAAGAUUACUUUGUUUGAGUGAAGUAUGUUUACUGGAGAGAGAUCCUCAAACAUAUACAGUAGUUACGUUAAGACCAUUGUCAUCUGUGUUCGCAUUAAUAAGAGAUUCAGUUGAUGCACAACAGUUUUGUAUUGAAUAUGCAGAUUCAUCAUGUCGUUCCUAUACAGCUACUAAUAGAGAUUCCCUCCUAGCUACUCUAUUAGAUAGUGUUAGGUCAUCUGGAAAUCAUCAUGUGCACGUAAAACUAUCUGCAACUCCUCGAGAUAAAAGACUUAUACCUUUCAAUGUAUCACCAGACCAAGAAAUCGAAUCCAACCAUUUAAAGUGUAUAAAAGAACCGCCUCCUCGAAAGACAUUUGCAGAAGUUUUAGAUAGGUUUAAUGCUAAUAUUGAAUAUAGUGGACUAAUACAUUCUGUUUCUGAAGAUAAAUUAUUUACUGAAAAUAAGGAGAAACUAAUAGUUAUGGCACUGACAUCAAUUAUUGCUCAUCAAGGUGAUCAAAAUGAGAUUGCUGUUCAAGAACUAGAGGCACAGUUUCAUGCUUUAAGAAGAUUAUUUGCUACUAAAGCAGGAUUUUCUACUUUUAUAAUGUUACCAGAACUUAAAGACAAACUUGGAAGAAAAGUAACUAGAGCAUUAAAACGAGACCAUGAAGCUAUAACCCAUGCCGCUUUAGAUAUGAUUUGUACUCUUAUGCAGCCAAUGCAUCGUGAUAGUGAUAUAAGACAAGAACAGCUCAAUAAAUCAUCUCUUUUGGCUACCCCUAGUUUUUUAGAAUCAUUGCUUGAUAUGUGGGUUGAGCAUAUUAAACGUGGAACAGGAGCGUUAGUGGUAUCUGCAAUGUUAGAUAUACUUACUUUUGCGCUUUGUGUUCCUUAUAGUGAAACAACUGAUGGAACACAUUUUGAUACACUAUUGUCAUUGGUGGCAAAGCGGGGAAGAUAUUUAUUUCAGCUUUUUCAGCAUCCAUCAUUGACUGUAGUAAAAGGUGCUGGAUUAGUUAUGAGAGCAAUUAUUGAAGAAGGUGAUGCUGAAAUAUCUGGACGAAUGCAAGAACUAGCAUUGGCAGAGGCAGCUUUACCUAGCCAUUUAUUGACAGCAUUAUUUACUCGCGAUGAUAAUAGACGUAUGCUUGUACACAGACAACUUUCAAGGCACUUAGUUGGAUUAUGGGUCACUAAUAAUGCUAUUGCCAUGGAUUUAUUAGCACGACUGAUGCCAUCAGGUUUAUUAGGGUUUUUGGAAUCAAAUGAAUCUGUAGAAAUCAUUGAAAAUGAAGAUCAUUUAAUCACUAGAGAUAAUUUGAAACUUGCUCAAGAUCAUGCAGCUAAAAAUCAACGAAAUCCUCAUUUGGCAGCCUUAGAAAGAAAGUUUCGCACAUUGGAGAAAGAAGUUGAAAUUGCAUUGGGUCAUUGGGGAGCAUCAUUGGGAUUAGAAAGAAAAGAAGAUAAAUUACAAGCCCGCCCAAUUGUACUAAGGAGGCGUAGAGAAAGAAUUAAAAGUUAUGCUAAUUGGAAAUUAUUUUAUUAUAAGUUCAAUAAAAACCAUACUUCUCCCAGUUUAUUAUGGAAUCACCAGACUCGGGAAGAACUUCAUGAUGCUCUAAAAAAAGAAAUCCAAGCAUUUAAUUCUGAUCGACAACUUACUACAAAUAGUUUAAUAGCUUGGAAUCAUGAUGAAUUUGAGGUGAUAUAUCCUAGUUUACAAGAUGAAGUUUGUGUAGAUGGUUACUAUUUGAGAUUACUUUUAGAUGGAAAUAUAGAUUUUGCAGUAAAAAAUCCAUUCAGAUUUUUCAAUGAUCUUUACCAUAGAUUUUUAUUAGCUUUAAAAAUAGAAAUGAAAUGCUUAUGUCUACAAGCAAUGACUGUGAUUUAUGGACAAUAUUUUGAAGAAAUUGGACCAUUUACUGACACAAAAUAUAUUCUAGUAAAGUUAGAAAAGACUGUUGAAAAACUUGAAAGAGAUAGAUUGGUUUUAUUCCUAAGCAAACUUAUAUUAAACAAGCAAAAUGUUAAAGAUAUAAUUGAAUCCAAAGGUGUAACUGUUCUUGUGGACUUACUAACAUUAGCACAUUUACAUACAACAAGAGCUGUCGUUCCUACACAAACUAAUGUAAUAGAGGCUGGACAUGAUAUGUUACUUGACAAUGAAAAACAGUGGUAUUAUGGGCUUGGUAAUGGUGAUAAAUCCAAUGGUCCAAUAACUUUUCAAGAGAUGAAAGAUUUAUACAAAGAGGGUACUUUAAAACCUAUGUCCAAAUGUUGGACACCUGGACUAGAAGGAUGGAAACCUCUUUUUAAAUUAAGUCAAUUCAAAUGGACAGUAAUAGCCAAGGAUCAAGGCUAUAUGAAUGAAAGUGACUUAGCUUCUCUUAUACUGACCAUACUGAUAAAAAUGUGUCAAUAUUAUCCUAGCAGAGACAAUGAUGGUGCAAUAAUUUGGCCAAUUGCACGUAUAAGGAGAACUUUAACUGAUUCUCUGCAUCUACCUCAUGUAGUCCAACUUUUAUUAACAUUUGAUCCUAUUCUUGUUGAAAAAGUAGCACAUUUACUGUGUGAAGUAGCAUCUGACAAUCCAAAUGCUGCUAAGUUGUAUAUGACUGGAGUAUUUUUCUUUUUGCUCAUGUAUACCGGUUCAAACAUUUUGCCAAUUGCUAAAUUUUUAAGGCUUACACAUACUUGUCAAGCUUUUAGAAAUGAAGAAGUACAAAGUGGAGAAUUAAUGCAAAGAAGUGUACUUGGACCUUUACUACCUGAGGCAAUGGUAUAUUAUUUGGAAAAUCAUGGUCCUGAGAAAUUUGCUCAAAUAUUUUUAGGGGAAUUUGAUACUCCAGAAGCCAUUUGGAAUGCUGAAAUGAGAAGAAUGUUAAUUGAAAAGAUCGCCUGUCAUAUAGCUGAUUUUACACCUAAACUUCGUGGAAAUAAUAGAGCAUAUUACCAAUAUUGUGCUAUUCCAGUUGUGCGUUAUCCACAGCUGCAAUCAGAAUUAUUUUGCAAUAUAUUUUAUCUGCGACAUUUAUGUGAUGUACAACGAUUUCCAGAUUGGCCAAUUAAUGAUCCUAUUACGCUUUUGAAAGAUGUAUUGGAAGCAUGGAAAAAUGAAGUAGAGAAAAAACCACCUGCUAUGUCUAUAGAUGAUGCUUAUGUAUCUUUGGGCCUAGAGCGUGGACAUCAUUAUGAUGAAGCAACUACUAGAAAAGCAUAUUAUAAACUUGCUCAAGCAAAUCAUCCUGAUAAAAAUCCUAAAGGACGUGAAGUAUUUGUCGCAGCAAAUAGAGCAUAUGAUUUUUUAUGUAGUAGAAGUUUAUGGGUUCAUGAUGGUCCCAAUCCAAAUAAUAUUCUUUUAAUACUUCAGACUCAAAGUAUUUUAUUUUAUCGUUACUCUAAAGAUCUUGAACCUUAUAAGUAUGCUGGUUACAAACAAUUAGUGAAGACCAUAAGGUUGGAAGCAAGUGAUGAACAAUUAUUUUCUAAAGGUAACAUGUUACUUGCAGCUGCUAGUGAGCUGACAUAUCACACAGUAAACUGUUCGGCAUUGAAUGCAGAAGAGCUUAACCGAGAACAAGGAUUUAUUGAUUUACUUGGGGCUUAUUCUAGAUGUGUCUCUGUCUUAAAUAAAUCAUCAGAACAAACAGAAAUGUCAGUAUCAGUUUGUACAUAUUGUACUCGCUGUUUCAAAGUUGCUUCUCAAUUUCCAAUGUGUCGUGAUACAUUUUCUCAAUUGCCUCAGCUAGUGAAUGAUAUCACCAGAAUAUUGUACUUCAAGAACUUACCAAAAUUAUGUUGUGAUGCUGUGGAUUGUAUUUCUGAAAUGGCUUCUGAUUCUAAUCUCCAAAAUAGUUUCUUACAAAAAGGUGCUAUUUGGCAUUUAUUAACCUUUAUGUUUUCAUAUGAUUACACAUUAGAAGAAUGUGGAGUUGAACGAUCAGAAGAAGCUAAUAACCAAGAAGUGCUCAAUAGAUUAGCCAAAUUAUCAGUUAAAGCAUGUGCUAGAUUAGGUGGUUAUUAUGAAGGGGAUUUGUCCACUCCCGAAAAUACUGCUGCAAAAUGUCUAUUUGUAAAACUUCUUACACCAUAUGUUGCUGAACAGUUAUCUGAAGAAGCCCCACAUCAACUACUUAAAACGCUUGGCAGCAAUUGUGAGACACCUUAUAUGGUUUGGGAUAAUAGUACAAGAGCUGAAUUGAGUGAUUUCCUGGAUACUAUGUGUAAUCAUAAAGAAUCUGUUAACUUAGAAACAAUUGGUUUGACAUUUUCUAGUCAUAGAAAUGAAUUAAUAGUUGGAAAUAUUUUUAUUAGAGUAUUUAAUGAACAACCUCAUUACACAAUCAAAAAUCCUAAAGGAUUUUUAUCAGAUCUCUUAGAAUACAUAAAAACCAACAAUCCACUAAGCAAUAUAUUAGAUGAGAAAAAUGUUAACAGUUUUUUAAUGGUAUUGGACGCAUUAAAUAAUUUAAUUUUAAACAAUCCUGGGCUUGAAGUACAUUGUAUUGGUCACUUUGAUUUACUAUUCAGUUUAUUACGUGUUGAAACUAUUCGAUUAGUACAACAUAGUGCUUUGAACACAAUUUUAACUGUAACUAAAAAUAAUGAAUGUGUCACAGAUAUUGCUAAUUCAGGCGUUGUUGUUUAUGUAUUACUUUGUUUUUAUUCAACACCAUCAGAUCGAAUGAUGAUUUUAGAUAUUCUUAUCACAUUAUCAACAUCCUCAACAAUUGUAAAGGAUAUAUUAAAUAAAGGAGGUCAUUUAUUUGCUGUUGAUUUAUUAUGUAAUGGUGAUAAUGAAUCUGGUGUUAGAGAUAAAAGUGCAAUAUUUUUGAGUCGUUUAAUGACAGAAAAAUUAAGUGGUCCUAGAUUACGUUUAGCAUUGGCACAAAUUUUACCAUUAGCCAUUAUAGAUACUAUGAGAGAUCUACCCUCAUCUACAGUUCGAUUAUUAGACAAUGACCAAGAAAAUCCAGAGCUUGUUUGGAAUGAAAAGUCAAGAAAAUAUAUUUUUGGAAAUAUCAACAAAAUAUCUAGAGAGCAUUAUUUUGCACUUCGACAAAAUCCUAAAGGUGUUAUAAAAUUACCAGAUACCAGCUUACUUUUAUCUUCACCUUCCAAUGAAACUGUUGUUGCUGGGGUCUAUUUAAGAUUAUUCAAUAAUAACCCUGGUUGGAAUGUUAGAAGACCUAAAGAAUUUUUAUCUGAACUUUUGGAUACGUGUAUUAGUUCUAUGACUAAAGAAAAGAAUGAUAAAUUGGAAAUUGUUACUAUGUCAAUUGUUAAGUUGUUAGAAGCUCAGCCUCAUCUGUGUGAUCAAGUCCCAGCAUUAGGUCAUAUUCCUAGACUUUGUUUUCAAUUAUCAUUAUUAUCUAAUCCUGAUGUACCAAAAUCUGUUCUCAUGAUAAUGCAUCAGUUGUCACUUAAUGAAAUAUGUGUCGGUUGUAUAUCUCAAACUGAAUGCAUUGGUCCAAUUAAAAAAGCAAUGCAAGCCAAUUCCAGUUUAAUUUGUGUUUCAUCGGAAACUCUCAGUCGAAUGUUUGCAGCUAAGAAAGAUUACCUUGUAAAACAGGCGUUAGACGUAGAUUUAAUAUCAUAUUUAGUUGGAUUACUGGAUGGUCGAUUAGAUGGAGUUGAAGGUAGUGCCAGGGCUAAAGCACAAAUUGUUAAAGCAUUAAAGACAAUGUCUUCAAGUUUAUCAUAUGGUAGUUUGGUCCAAUCACAGCUGGAUAAGCUUCCAACAUGGUCUUCUUACAAGGAUCAAAAUCAUGAUCUAUUCAUAUCAAGUGCACCUUCAAUGCCUUAUUUGAUGGGUGUUCAAAGUACUGGUGGUUAUUUAACAGAAGGCCGUUCAAACUCUGCAACAAGUAAUAUACCUCCACCAUUAAUUAAAAAAGAGUUUUCUCCAUAUUAAUCACAUCUAAAACAAUAGUAUUCCCUUAUUUGCUUUUCGAAUAUGCAAUAUUAUUAUAUGAAAUAGUAUAAAAUUUUAUAUAAAUUAUGAACAACUAUACUAUACAAAUAUUAUUAUUGUUCUCUUUCUUAUUAAUAAUAUUAUGUGUUUCACAUUCUAAUAACUCUACUACUGUGUAUAAUUCUAUUUUAUAUUUAUAUUGUCAUUAAAUAGUUAACCUGAAUAGUCAAUAA